GAGGUUUAACCAUUUUAUGGAUAGAUUCUGGGGGCUUACUGAGAAGAAAUGAGGGGAAAUGUCAGUCAUUCAAAAGAGCUUCAUCUUCAAAGCCCCUGCUUCAUAUUUUCUUGAGAGAGAAAAUGGGAGAAAAGCUUUCUACGUUAUGGCCAAGAAGAGAGAUUUCUCAGAGAAUUUAAGUUCUCAGCAACAACAACCAAAACCCAUUUUUCCAUUAAGGGUUUCUAACACAAUUCUUGCUCGAUCUGCAGUUGCAGUGUUUGGAUUAGGAUUCAUUGAUGCAGGGUACAGUGGAGACUGGACAAGGAUUGGAGUCAUCUCAAAAGAUGCCGAGGACUUGUUAAAAGUUGCUGCCUUUGUGGUUGUUCCUCUGUGUAUUUUCCUAAUAUUUUCUUUCUCCAAAGAACCAGAGACUUGAACUUUCUUUAGCUAGGAAUGUUCUUGAGUUCUAGUAUGUUGUAUUUCCAUGUAUGAUGUAUCCACUAAGCUUCAUGAAUUGUGAUAGAAGUACAGAAUGGUAAUGGCUUCUCAGAUUCCUGGAAGACAAAAUUUUCACAACAUUUUACAUUUUGGAUAAUGUUGAAGAGCAUGAAACUAUGACCUUACAUUUGCUGAUCCGAAAAUGACAAACUGUUGCAAUCAAGUUGCUAGAUUUGA